UAAACUUAAGAAAACAAAAACAAAAACAUUAUUGCUAUCUCGAGUAGGUAUCAAACCAUAGAUUUCGGCGGCGCGCCACCGCCGCGCCACAUGAUGUAACGGCUGCGCGUGGCCCGUGUAGAAGGGCACACGAAAUCGUUUCCAGUAAACCGCUGUACGGCGACUACUUGAAGUGGUCCCCUCGAACGCGGGACUUUCUCGGUAGGGGCAUCCGCCCGCGCGCCAGCCCUCGGCCGGGGCCCGGGCCUGACCUCAGUCAUCUGCCUCCGUGCUAUCUCGUGUUUCAAGGUCCAUUAACCGUGGAGCGCCGCCGCGCGCGAGUACACUGUCGUAAACUCGCCCCACGUUAUCGCACCAGGCGCACUAUUUGAACAUAACUUGAAGAACCAGAUCAUGACGACCAAUCUGUGGGUGGAGCAGUCCUGGUACGACUACAAGCUGCGCUGGGAGCCCAAGGAGUACGGCGGGGUGCAGAUGCUCCACGUGCCGUCCGAUCACAUCUGGAGGCCCGACAUCGUGCUGUACAACAAUGCGGACGGCAACUUUGAGGUGACCUUAGCCACCAAAGCAACAAUCUACCAUGAGGGCCUGGUGGAGUGGAAGCCCCCCGCCAUUUACAAGUCGUCUUGUGAAAUAGACGUAGAGUAUUUCCCUUUUGACGAACAGACGUGCGUUCUCAAGUUCGGUAGUUGGACGUACGAUGGCUUUAAGCGCGGACGGCAACUACGAGGUGACACUGAUGACAAAGGCAACCGUCUACUUCUCUGGGUUGGUGGUGUGGCAACCGCCGGCUGUAUACAAAUCUUCCUGUGCCAUCGAUGUCGAGUUCUUUCCCUACGACGUACAGACGUGGACCUGAGGCAUAUGGAUGAAAAGACUGGCUCAAAUGUUGUGGACGUUGGCGUCGACCUAUCCGAAUUUUAUAUGUCAGUCGAAUGGGAUAUUUUGGAAGUCCCCGCCGUAAGAAACGAAAAGUUUUACACUUGUUGUGAUGAACCAUACUUAGAUAUAACUUUCAAUAUUACGAUGAGGCGGAAGACGCUGUUCUACACGGUCAACAUCAUCAUCCCGUGCAUGGGCAUCUCCUUCCUCACCGUGCUCACGUUCUACCUCCCGUCGGACAGCGGGGAGAAGGUGACAUUAUCAAUUUCAAUUCUUAUCUCACUCCACGUGUUCUUCCUCCUGGUUGUUGAGAUCAUUCCCCCGACUUCCCUGGUCGUACCAUUACUAGGAAAAUACCUCAUUUUUGCUAUGAUCUUAGUAUCAAUAAGUAUAUGCGUGACCGUGGUGGUCCUCAACGUCCACUUCCGGUCACCGCAGACGCACAAAAUGGCCCCCUGGGUCAAAAGGGUGUUCAUCCACAUCCUGCCUCGGCUGCUGGUGAUGCGCAGGCCGCAGUACCAGUUCGAGGCAAACCGGUGGUUCACGCCGGCCACGGUGAUGCUGAGGUCGUUGCAGGACGACGACUCCUGCUACGGCCCGUUCCAGGCGGCACCCUGCCCGGACGAGAUGCAGAGGAUGCACGGCGCGCAGGCGCACCAGGCCCACCAGGGCACCAAGAGGGCGACGGUCCUCGCCGGCCUCGAGGGCCACGAGUCGUCGUCGGACACGUCGCAUCCGAGGACGCCGUCCAAGGAGGACCUCUCCCCACUCAGCCUCCUGGACGGCGGCCCCUUCGGCGGCUCGUGCCUCAUCCACGGCCCGGGGGCGAUCCGGGACCCGCCCGACGAGGAGAUGCGCGAGACGCUCUCGGACCGCGAGGACACGACGGGCUGCUGCUCGGCCGUGCGGACGUGCGGGGGCGGCACCCGGCCGUCCUCGCCGCCCGGCGGCCGCGGCGCCGCCCCCGGCCAGAUCCUGGUGCCGCUGCCGCCCCAGGGCCACCGCUUCUCUCACGCGCACUGCCCCCCGCAGGUGCACCGGUCGUGCUUCUGCGUCCGGUUCAUCGCCGAGCACACCAAGAUGCUCGAGGACUCGACCAAGGUCAAGGAGGACUGGAAGUACGUGGCCAUGGUGCUGGACAGGCUCUUCCUGUGGAUCUUCACGCUGGCGGUGCUCGUGGGCACGGCGGGGAUCAUCCUCCAGGCGCCGUCCCUCUACGACGACCGGAUGCCCAUCGACAAGCGCUUCGCCGACGUGGUGCGGAACGCGACGCCCGUCAGAUGCCCGCCGCCAAACUAGCCUUGUUGUUGCAUACACACACACUCAGAAAAAGUGUUGUUGUUGUUGUUUGUUGUUGUUGAUGAUAAUGAUUCUUUUGACGCGAAAAUUUUUCCCGCGCAGCGUUGAAAGCCAUGAACACUGCCAAAGAUAAUAAGCAGAGCACUGACAGACACACUCAGCUAUUGUUUUUAUGUGUUGUUGUUUUUUAAGAAAAGUAUUUCUCAUAGUGA